UGGCCACACCGUCAAGUCAACCCUUUCAGUCAGUGUGGCUCACUAGCCCCAAGAAGUCACUUUUACUCUCGUUCUCUUCUCAUCCAUCCGUAAACAGGUUAGAGCUAAUGGCAAAAUUGUGUCACCUCAAAUUUUGCGUGUGUCCUAAUUGACCACGACGAUCACAUCAUAAUUGGGUGAGCAAUCGAGUUAAGUGGUUUGUGAGUGAGUAAUGACCUGACGUAAUUUUUGGGGGAUUUUUAUCCAUAAAAGUUGAGUCACUUACUUAUCCAGGAAAUUGUUAAUUCACACUUUUUUAUAUAUAUUUACUUGAAAUGAGAGAUGCCGGAUAAUUUUGCAGAAAAUGGUUUGUGAUGUCAUGUCGUAAUAAUAAUAAGCCGUGAUUCUUCUUAGGUCAUGUAUGCACUUGUGAGAAUUGUGGUGCACGUGAGACACCAAGUGUAAUGGGGUAGUUGGGAAUUUAUUGUAAUUCAAUAAGUUAAUUAACUGCAUUUCCGUGUGGAUUAUUUAUUAUCGAAAAGUGGCAUCUGUGGGAGUUUCCUUGUUCCCGUUUUUUCUCCAAAAAUUGAUAACUUACAAGGAUACGUAAAAUUCUUGCUUGCUGCGUCUUCCUCAAGUGCCGAAUAGUUAAAUGUGAGAAUAAAGUAGGAAAGUGUGCUUAUCUAUUUAAGGGUCAAAAUAAAUUUGACUAAUUAACGCAACGAUAUGACCCACCACCACCAUAAUUUUUGGGGGAGGGGGAGGAAAAACGUGAUCCUUCAUGGGAUGGCGUCGUCACCCUUGGUCGUCAUCCUCCUCCUCUUGGUGGGAGGCGGUGUGCUGCACGUGGGUCCGGUGGAGGGUGCCAUUUCUGGGUACAAAGACUCCACUCCGACGCAAUACCACAUUCAGACGGACGAGGGGAAGGAGCGCUUUUUCAGGUUUCAAACGUACAACGGGCAGUACCGCAAAGAGCGGAGGUUGGAUGAUGGCACGGUCAUUGGAAGUUAUGGCUGGGUCGAUCCGACCGGUUAUCUUAGGAUGACGGAUUAUAUUGCGGAUUCGAAGGGAUAUCGCGUCCUCAAAAACUCGAUGCAGUUCGUCGGCACGAACUCUAUCUUGCCAGAGGAGCCGAAAAAGCCAAAAAUUCACCAUCUUUCGAAGCAAACAUCGUCGAAUUCCCCACUUCCUAAAAAGAUCGGUUUCCGAGUCCCGCUUGGAGGAAAAACGCUGUUCAAAGUGGUCAAAAAGAGGAUCAUUUCCUACGAUCCGAGUCCCUCCGCGUCCACGCCAACGGCAGACUCUGUAAGUCACAGGGCGCACCAGGCCCCCGUCCUGAUCGUCUACGGACCCCUGCGGAGCGCCAAUGUUCGUAAUGGCAAAGUCGCCACGAGGAGAAGAAGGCCACAAGGACUUACAGUUGAGAGUGCUGAAGAAACGGUGGGCGAUGUGUUUGGCAAGUAUCAAAUAAAUCGCCCAAUUCGACCCCGCACGCCCGGGUCAGCUUUCGUCUACCGAAUUCCGGAGCAGUUCCAUAGGGAGGAAUCGACCCCACAAGAAGGUCGUCUGGGUUCAUUCGGGUACGUUGACCCCUUCGGAAUUCGUCGCGUUAUUCACUACACGGCCAACAACGCGACGGGAUUUACGGCGCAGAGGGAUUUCAAAUUUGUGGGGAGACGUCGGCGGGGUCCAGACGACCAGGAGGACGAGGUCAAGGUCAAGGAGCAGUAUUAAGAAGAAAAAAGGCCAAAAAUUGCCAAAAAUUACAUAAAUAAAAUACAUAGUGACCCCCCACACACACUCCGAGCUUACGUUGAAAUGAUUUUCGUGGAGGGGAUUGUGAUAUAACAUUUUUUUAAUGUUUAGAUUUUUUUUGGAAAUUUGGUGCAUUUUGUUUGUUGUUCUUUUAACUGAUGUUUGUUUUCCUUACGUUUUGUUCUUGGUGAUGGGUUCUCAAUUUAUUUUCAGUGUUCGGAAAUACAAUUUUGCACGCACGAAUGAUUAGUCAAACAGAGGAAAAGUCAUGUUCUUUUUCUGAGGUGUAAAUUAAUUGAUUAAAGUGUGCCAUUUUGUAUCGUGCGUGCAAAAAAAAGUUGCAAAAAAGUUGUUGCAAAAAUAAUCUGAGCACUAUUUUCUUUCGCGAUUCUAUAUUUCCUUCUUCAUAUUUCCUCAGAGUUUGUACAUAAGGCUGUAAUAAAAGGACAACCUCCCCCCAAAAAACCCCACCUUAUACCAAUAACGCUCGUAUGUUUUACCAGCAGUGCCAAAAUUUAUGACAAGAAACGUUACCUUUUUUUAACUAAUUAAAAUCUCCAGAAAAAUCGAGGAAAAAGUUUUUUUUUCUUAAAAAAUGAUAACUUGAUAGCCUAAUUAUUGUAGUUAUUAAAUACGAUUUAAUUAAUUAUGUAUGUAAUUGUUUAAUUAAUUAAUAAUCUCUCAUCGCCAAUUAAAAGUAAAAUGUUGUGAUUCUUGGUUCAGUUUUUCUCAAGUACUCUGUAAAACUCAAAGUCAUGGGGUGAUUGAGACAGCUCAACUCCCCCAGUGGCGUGAAAUGUUCACGCUAUUUGGGUUCAUCACAUGGAGUACAUUACCCGAAUGAGCCGAAUUAUUUUAUUAUUUUACACCAGUUAUUUUUAUUUCGGCGUUUAAAUCAUACGAAAUUGAAUAAUUGAAACGCCAAAAUAAAAAUAAUAAAAAAACGCCAAAUAAUAAAAUAAUUCGGCUCGUUCGGGUAAUGUAUGUGGUCGUGAAACGGAGGUUCACUGAAUUACGACACUAAAUUUCCUGCCAUUUAAGCGUUUAGAUUUUUUUGUACAUGCGCCACGUAAGAGCCUAUUACAAGUUUUCUGAUUUUUUAAAAGUUGAAUUUUAAAAAACGUUUUCAUUUCCCCAUGUCAAUUUUUUGAUAUCCUUCUCUACAAUGUCAAAGGCAUCAAUGUUCAGAAAUUUGACCUGGGGAAAUGAAAACGUUUUGUGAAAAUGGACCAUCAAUUUGACAGAAUUUAGCACUAUCUUUUUUCAAAUUUCCACAUAUUGGAAAAUUUUAAUGCAUGAACUGGGUCCUAAUGAAAAUAGGAAUACAAUGAUAUAGGAAUGUAUAUGGUUUUGAUGAAUGGUUUAUUCGUAAUUUGAGAGAAAAAAUCAAAAAAUCGAAAUUUAAAAUUUGUCAUAAUUUCGCCAAAAAUUUAAAUGUCGAAAAAUCGGUUUGGGGUAAUAUUUCUCAUCCCAUAAAGAAUUAGUAUAAAAAGUUUGAAUGCGAUCGGAGAUUUUGAUUUCCAUCGGAGUACUUGAGAAAAACUGAGCCUCUUUUGUAAUAAUAGCGGAACUAAAUAACUUAUGAAAUUCUGCUCUCCAUUUACACUUAUUAUUUAGCGUCCUGAUCUUGUUAACCAUAUUAAUUAAUUAUAUAUUGUUCUCAAUUAAGUAAUAAAAUGGAAAGAAGAAUAGAAGAAUUAA